AUGGUGUUCCAGGACCCAGGCCUGGAGCUGUACAUCAAUCCACAGUGCCACAUCCGCAACCGGUACAGGACUGUCCUCCCGUACGUCAAGAAUCGAGUCAAGCUCUCUGGUGGCGGCAAUGACUACAUCAAUGCCAGCUACGUCUCGGUGGAGGAAGUCGAGUGUAGCUACAUCGUCACCCAGGGUCCGCUGGGCAACACCAUCUGUCACUUCUGGGAGAUGGCCUGGGAGCACGGGAGCACUGGGAUAGUCAUGCUGUCUCGGUGCGAGGAUGGCAGCGAAAAGUGUGCUCAGUACUGGCCCAAGGAAGUUCAUGGCUGUGUGAUUGCCGGCUACUUCAUGGUGGAGUGCCGCGAGCGCACAGGAAGUGACUUCUACACUGUGUCCUCUCUGGAGAUCCAUAACCUGGAGACUCAGGAGACUCGCACACUCCUCCACUUCCACUACAACUCCUGGCCAGAUUUCGGGGUGCCACAGAACGAGGCAGCCUUUGUUCGCUUCUUGCUGGCAGUCCGCAACUCUGGUGUCCUGGGGCCGAAUGUGGGUCCAGCAAUUGUCCACUGCAGUGCAGGUGUUGGUCGUUCGGGGGUGUUCACACUAGUCGAUGUGUGCCUGUCUUUCAUUGAACGUGCCGGGACCCUCGACGGACUGAACGUCAACGACACUCUGCUUGACUUGCGGAUGCAGAGACUUGGGCUUGUCCAGACCUCCGAGCAGCUGAGGUUUGCCUACCUCGCCAUUCUGAAUGCCGCCCACACUACUCUUGGACUCGGACAGAACACGGAAGACUUCAAGAAGGAGGUGGAGCAUGAAAUGGUGAAGGAGGUAGAACAUGAAUUGGUGGGGAGUAAAGCACCGAUUGAACUGCCGAUGGCUAAACUGGUGUUUGUCCGCCCCUUUUCACAAGACCAGCAAAAGCCUUUAUAUUUUGCCUCCACGCCUCUCGCUCCGCCAAACAGUCCGAAAUCUCUGUCUGCAAGCUUGCCAUCAGUUUACUCCGACAUGGACAGCAUCCACACUCUCCCCGCUGAUUCCACUACAGCUGAUCAGAAGUGUGUACCAACUCUUUCAUCCUUCACUCACACUGAAACAGUGGAGAACACUGCUACUACGUGUUUGGCCGUUUCUUCAAGUCUCCUGAGCAUCACUUCAGUGGACAGUUCAGAUUUCCUCGACACCACUGAGACACUCGUGACUGGAAACAAGGCCACUGGAGAGCAGCCAGAAGUGGCGGCUACUAAGAAGAGCUGGUUCAAGAAGCUCAAGCAGAAAAUGUUCCGGCGCAAAAAGACUACAUGUGACUGA